AUGGGGAGUGAAAAAGAUCGAAUGUCGGAUCCGGGCGAAAGUGAAGAUAUACCAAGUGAUUUCUUUGAUGAUUUUAACAGAGAUGAUUUUAUGGAAGGGUUAAGUGUUAUAGAUAGCUGGGAUGAAGAAGAUGGUGCCGGCAAGCGGCGAGAGUCGCGUCGUAUCAACAUGGAGGCUAUCGACAACGUGAAGGACCUUCGUGAACUAAUUGGAGGAGAACUUAACAAGGAGGAGCCAGAGAAACCGUCUAAGUCGUUCGUAAAGUUUGAUGAUAGGUUCAAGUGGCGCAAACAAGAGUCUCCGCAGCAGAGAUCUUCGAGCAGCUCUCGUAUGAAUGAUUUCAUCAAACCUGGUAGCAGACGUGAUCCUAGCAAGACUAAUGAAGCCAUCAAAAAAGAUAAGGAAGUUAAAGUUAAAGAAUACCUUGCGAAGCACUUGGAGUCUACUGAUGAUCUUCGACCUCCAGGCACUGAACUUGAUGAUUAUUUUGACGAAGACAAAUCUAAAGAAGCUAAAAAAACUCCAAAACGCGUAAUAGAGGAAACCCUGGAUGAGCCACUCAAACCUGUGCAGGAACGGCAUGUUCGGGAAUCACCUCACUAUCGCAGCCCACGUCGCCAAAGUCCACGCCGCGCAAGUCCCCGCCGCUACAGCCCUCGUAGAAGAUAUAGUCCUAGAUGGAGUCCACGUCCACAUUAUCAACCACAUCCAUCUCACAUACACCAGUACCGACCUCGGUUCAGUCCACACAAAGUCUACAGAAAACGGUACAGUCCACCACGACGCAGCCCACAACGACGCAGCCCACCACGACGCAGCCCACCACGACGCAGUCCACAUCGUCGAUACAGUCCACAUCGGUCCCGUGAGCACAGCCCUCGACGUCGUCGACCAUCCAGAUCUCCUACAAGGCGCCAUUAUGAGUCUAAGAGGGGACAUUCAAGAUCACGUUCCCCACAUCAAAAAGAUACUUUCCUAUAUCCAAAUGAACCAGGAAUGUCAGCAUAUCCUGUAGAACCUUAUAGUACUGAACCAGCACAGCUGUAUACUGCUCCUGUGCAAAAUGAAUUUCCUGGAAAUGUACCAGGAUAUACAUACCCACAAGGAGUAGCAUAUGGUGGUGGUUUUCCUGCUCCAUAUAACUAUAACUUGGCGCCUGGUGCACCUAGUGGAAUGCCGGAGCCAGUACCAAUGCCCUCUAUAAACCCAAUUCCAACAGCUUUGAAUGUAGCCGCAGCACCGGCCAUGGUACCAGCUCCUGCCCUCCCAGUUAUAGAGCAGAAAACACCAUAUGAUGCGUUGGCACAAUUAGUUGCAGAAGGGAAGAUUUCUCAAGAAGAUUAUCUUAAGCUUGCUCCUAAUAAAGGUGCAAGCAGUGUAAUGGAUUCAAAAACUUUAAGUGGAGUUAUGUCUCGGUGCAAUCAAGCUUUAGUCAAGUUAGAAAAAUUGCUCCUGCCCAACCACUUGAUGAUGAACAACCAUAUUGUCAAAUCAGAACCCAAGGCCUUGGAAUCAAAGUUUUGUUCGCCGCUGAAGAGACAAGCCACCAUAGAGUUCAACUUCACGAAAACCAACGGACCUGUUCUGGCGCAGCAAAACAAGCAGCUUGUGGAGAGCAUCAUCACUACAAUUGGAUUGGAUAAGGUGGUAUCCAGAUAUAAAAAGAAACUCCCCAAAGACAUGAAGGAUGCGGCCGUCCAGACGACAAAACCGUUUUGUGAUGUGUGUGAAAUUCGUGAAUCUACAAGUUUCCAAGAAGCCAGUACUUCCACAGAACCUGAAUAUUUUAGUUCUUCAGUUCAUACUCAAGUUGUAGAACAGGAUUUGGUUAAUUCGAAAUCUGUUUUUAACCCAACCGGCAGCAUCUCCGAUGGAGCAUCCAUCUCUAUAGCUCAUCUGACUCCCGCGCAGUUGGUAUCUCAGCUGGCAGCUCGCGCGAAGACCUUGCAGCAAACCUCGCCUGUACCGCAGCCGAUGCAUCCGAAUCAAUAUGGUAGAAGAAACCCCAACUAUGACUAUGACGGCAGAGGCGGUGGUGGCCAACAGCAGUAUCACCAUAAUUACAAUAACUAUCGUUAUUAA